AUGUUUCGUCAACUUGCCGUGCGCGCACUGCGCAACAUCCGUCCUUCAUACACAUGCAAGCAGCAACCACACGCAAAAUUGCUUUCUCACGCUCCUCGAACGUACCUUUCAACACCCACACGAUGGACAUCCAGCAUUCCCUUCCGUCGAAACUUACCUCAUGCCUGUCAAAUAUCCUAUGCUUCCCGCCGCUUCUUCACCCAUAGCCCACGCCUCCAACAGCCCCAAUACAACCGCUUCAAUAACCGCGGCCCCCGCCAAUCCCUCUUCUACGUGCUUGUCCACAAAUCCAAGCCUCAACACUUUGUUAUCAUCGGCCUCGGCAUCUCCGGCCUAUACCUCUACAACACCGAAGUGGUCGAACUGACCGGCCGCCGUCGUUUCAACUGCGUCUCCGCCGCGCAGGAGCUGAAGAUGGGCGCCGAGAGCUACCGCGAAGUCCUCUCCCAGUCACGCGGGAGAGUUCUACCGGAUAAUCACCCCAUCGCGCAGACCGUGAACCGUGUGCUGCAGCGGCUGAUUCCGCAGGCGCCGAUCGAGGGUGCGGACUGGAAGGUGCAUGUGAUCCAAGACGACGGGAACGCGAACGCGUUCGUACUACCGGGAGGCAAGGUCUUUGUGUACACGGGGAUUCUGCCGAUUUGCCAGGACGAGGACGGGCUGGCGGCGGUGCUGGGACAUGAAAUUGCGCAUGUUGUAGCGCGGCAUCCGGCGGAGCGGAUGAGUAACAGCUUCUUGACGCUGGGGACGGUCUUUCUGGUCUCGUUGCUCUUCGAUGUCUCCGGGCAGUUUUCGUCGAUGCUGGUUAAUCUGAUGUGGAGUUUGCCGAACUCGCGGACGCAAGAGGCGGAAGCAGACAAUAUUGGAUUGAUGAUGAUGGCGAAGGCGUGCUUCAAUCCGGAAGCUGCGGUCAGAUUAUGGCAUCGCAUGCAGCAACAGGAGAAAUCCGCACCACCGCAGUUCAUGUCGACCCACCCCUCGAGUUAUAAUCGCGAGGAAGCUAUUCGAGGAUGGCUUGAGAAAGCUGAAACGAUCUAUGCGGAUAAUGGAUGCAGUACCCUCGGAAGCUACAUGCCCAGCUUCCAGAAAGCAUACCGUUCGCAGAGCUCCUACGGAUGGUGA